GUGUGUGUGUGUGUGUGUGUGUGCUGAUAGAGCUGCGGUAUGUGAAGCUCUUUGUUUCCAUUCAGUGUGAUUGUGACACACACACGUUGUUGUUUAAGUCCUCCAAGACUGAGCUGGAUCCCAUCAGUGACAUCAUCAUCAGUGACAUCAUCAUCAGGUGACGCGCCCUUCAAUGGUGCCCUGCAGCCUCCGGGGUUGCCAUGGGAGACGAGUCAUACCCAGAAUACCGAGCGCAGCAGCUGUUUGACGGCUUCGUGUCGGCGGCGUCCUGCAGGGCGGCGCUGUGGAGCUUCAGUCAGCUGACCGACCUGCUGCAGCUGGGGAGGGAGGAGCCUCCUUAUCGACCAAUCAGACGCCAGCUCGGCUACUGGAGGGCCGACGCUCUGGGGGCCAAACUGGAGAGGAGGGCGGCGAGGCCGGAGUACCAGGGGCCCAGCAGAAAGACCACCUGCGUGGUGGUGGGGGCGGGGCCCUGUGGUCUCCGGGCAGCAGUGGAGCUCAGGUUCCUCGGGGCCCGGGUGGUUCUCCUGGAGAAGAGGGACUGCUUCUCCCGGAACAACGUUCUGCACCUGUGGCCCUUCACCAUCCACGACCUCAGGGGCCUCGGAGCCAAGAGGUUCUACGGGAGGUUCUGUGCCGGAGCCAUCGACCACAUCAGUAUCCGGCAGCUGCAGCUGGUUCUGCUGAAGGUGGCCCUGCUGCUCGGGGUGGAGGUUCACGUCAACGUGGAGUUCAAACACCUAAAGGAGCCCCCGGAGGAGCAGAGCCCCCGCAAGGUUGGCUGGAGGAUGCAGGUGAGUCCGAAGUCUCACGCUCUCAAUCAGCUGGAGUUUGAUGUGAUUAUCGGAGCGGACGGACGCAGGAACACACUCCCAGGUUUCCAGCGUAAGGAGUUCAGAGGGAAGCUGGCCAUCGCCAUCACGGCGAACUUCAGGAACAGGAACACCACGGCAGAGGCUAAGGUGGAGGAAAUCAGUGGCGUCGCCUUCAUCUUCAACCGGAGGUUCUUCAUGGACCUGCGACAGGAAACCGGGAUCGAUCUGGAAAACAUCGUUUAUUACAAAGACGACACACACUACUUUGUGAUGACCGCAAAGAAACAGAGUCUGCUGGAGAAAGGAGUCAUUAAACAGGACUUUGCCGACACCGCACAGCUUCUCUCGCGGUCCAACGUGGACCAGCAUGUAUUGCAGGCCUUCGCCCGCGAGGCCGCAGACUUCUCGACCAAUCAGCAGCUGCCGUCCCUGGAGUUCUCCUUGAACCAAAACAACCAACCAGACGUCGCCUUGUUCGACUUCACCUGCAUCUCUGCAGCCGAACACGCCGCUGUCAUCAGAGAGCGCCACGGACACCAGCUGCUGGUCUCACUGGUGGGGGACAGUCUGCUGGAGCCCUUCUGGCCAAUGGGCACAGGCAUUGCUCGAGGGUUCCUGGCAGCGCUGGACUCUUCCUGGAUGAUCAGCAGGUGGGCUCAGGGGGCGGAGCCUCUGGAGGUCCUGGCAGAGAGAGAGAGUCUGUACCGCCUCCUCCCUCAGGCGACUCCUGAGAACCUUCAGAGGAACUUCAGCCGGUUCUCCAUCGACCCUCAGACCAGGUACCUGAACCCCAAUCUGAGGAGCAUCUCACCUGAGCAGUGCAUAGGCACCGCCCGGGGCUUCCACAUGGGAAAGAAACAGGGGUCAGGGUUCAGCACCAAGGAGAGCGCCUCCUCAGUGCUGAUGGAAAGUGGCACUUUAGCUGCCCCUGGGAACCUUAAUGCUGCCCGCCCGCCGUCCCUCAGCAUCCAACUUCGGCCUUCUUAUUGGCACCACCACCCCUUCAGUGGAGGGCCGACUGGGGAGAUCCGGGACUGGGCAGUGCCCCAGUUCAUCAUAAAUACACUUUUAUUUUUCCCAAGUGCAGCAAAGAUAUUACACAGUCUUAGAGCGCCCCCUACUGGAAAAUGUAAAUGUUGCAUUGUGUGUCCACCUCACGACGUUCCUGCCAGUGGCUGGAGAUUUGGCCAUCCUUUGUACAUGAAAUUGACGUCUCUGGGACUUUUGUACACAUGUGGGAAAGAUUUCAUGUUAACUCUGUCCAUAAGGAGGUAUCUUCCCUUACUCACACACACACGAGGUCCGUAUGGGUUCUUGAAGGGAUCUCUUGCAGAUAUUAACGGACGUUUUGUUGCCUCUCAGGUGAGACACCUGCUGGACACAGGUGAGGAGGCGGGGCAUCACCCUGACAGUGAUGACAUCACCGUCAGAGAGAGUCAGCUGACCCUGCACACGCUGCUCAGUCCGUCCAUCAAGAGGAACGCCAAGGAGCAGAAAGGCACUCUGGGUAAAAGGACGGGUCCGGAUCUGCAGUCAUGUGACCUGAACGGCGAUGAAGGCAUCCAGGUGUGUGAGGAGGCGCAGGUGGGCGGGGCCAAAGUGCGUCUGUUGGCCAAUCAGCUGCAGGCGAAACUUGACCAGCAUUCUACUUCCUGCUGGAGUCCAGCUUCUUCUUCUUCUUCUUCUGCUUCUUCUCCUGCGGCGGCGUCAUGUCUACAGGAGGAGGAGGAGGAGGAGCCUGCAGACGGUCCCCCUGAUGCAGUUCCGCCUCAGGCCUCAUGGAGACCGAGGAAGAGGACCCCUCAACAGGAACAGAUGAGUUUUAGGUUCAGAGAGAAGAUCAAGUCUCAGGAGCAGGUGUGCUUCUUCUGUGAGGGCCGUGUUUACCUGAUGCAGCUUCAGACGGCUGAAGGUGUGUUUUUCCACCGAAGCUGCUUCCUGUGCUCCAGCUGCAGCAGCGCCCUGAGGCCGGGGGGGGGGCAUGGCUACGACCCGCAGCUGCGGAGGUUUUACUGUCUGCACUGCGACCCCUGCCUGAGGACCCGACCCCCCCCCCCACCGAGCAUCCAUCGCGUCUCCCCCCCUCUCCGGGCGCCGGCGCUCCUCAGCUGUUUCUGUGAGGGAGGGGGGAGAGAGGAGCGAAGAGCAGGAGCCCCCCCGUUGGUCCAGAGAGGAAGAGGAGGAAGAGUCGCUGCAUCAUUUCAAUUUCAGCCUGAAAAACGAGGUGGACAAAACCAGUUCAGAGUCGGGGAUGGAGGAGGGGAGCAGUGGGACUUCAGAAGAGAAAACUCCAUGGAGGGAAACUGUGAAGAAGAAGAAGAAGAAGAAGAAGAAGAAGAAGAAGAAGAGUCGAGUGACGCAGCAGGAAGUGAAACGCCUCAGUCUGAGACCUCGCCCCCAAGACAUGGCUCCGCCCCUGAUGAGGAACUGUACCCGGCCACACAUGCCGUUGUCACGGAAACCGCUCCCAGGGGGCGGGGCUCGUUUGACGCCAUUACCCCAGAUCUGCCGCCAUAUAAGGGCGUGGGGUCAGAGACAGAGGGGGCGGAGAGGAGGACAGUUGUUCCUGCUGACAGGAAGCAGAAGAAGACUUCAGCCAAUCAGAAGACAGCUACAGGCGAUGAUGUCAUUGAUAAACACCUGUCCAAACUGACCUCCGACCUCCAGAGGGUCUCAGUGAAGGAGAACCGGGAGAAUCCGCCGUAUGUUCCACACGCUCUUGCCUUCAAACGAGCAUACGCCAUCAAGAGGCGCUCCCUGAGGACCCCCGGCCCUCAAAGACGGACCACCUCAUGUCCCCCUUUGGCGUCGGGGGGGCUGUUUCUCGCCCAGGAGCCGUCGAUCCUCAGCCUGAAGGAGGCGCUGUUCCUGAGGGGGGGGGAGGAGGAGAAGGGGGUAAGGAGGCAGGUCCCGGGGGGGCGGACGCGGAGACGGGAAGAGCUGCAGAGGCUGCAUCGAGCUCAGAUGAUCCAGAGGCAGCUGCAGCAGGUCGAGGAGAAACAGAAACAGCUGGAGGAGAGGGGGGUGGGGCUGGAGAGGGUCCUGAGGGGGGAAGCAGAGUUUUGGGGCGACUCCCCCGACAGCGAGGAUGUGGAGCUUCACCUGGAAGGUCUGGGGAAACUGGACCACCCGGCGCUGAUGCAGCAGUGGUUCCUGUUGGUCCAGCAGAAGAACUGCCUGCUCCGAUACGAGUCUGAACUCAUGAUCUCGGCCCGGGAGGUGGAGUUGGAGGACCGGCAGAGCCGCUUGCAGCAGGAGCUCCGAGACCAGAUGGCCGUGGAAGACCACCUGAAGCCGGAGGUCCAGCUGUUGGAGGAGGUUCUGGUUCUGCAGGAGCUGCUGGAGGUGGUCCAGCAGAGAGACUCUCUGGUGGCUCAGCUGGAGGAGCACCGGCUGCAGGACCAGGACCUGGAGGGGGUCCUGAGCCAGGGACUCGGUCUCACCUGGCCCUGAACCAGAGGACCAGGACCUGGUUUACCUUUGAAUGUUUCUGAGAUCCAUGAGGAACAGAAAGUCCAGUUCUUCAGUUGUUUUUGAGAGUUUUGGACCGGGUCUGGCAUGGACUCAUGGAGCCGGGCCGCCCUACAAAAUGAAAUACUUAGUAUUCAAUGUAUUUAUUUGUAUUGUACAAUCAGCUGUGGGCCUUACCUCCUCUCAUCCUGCCAUCUGUUUAUUAUUAAUAAAACAAAUGUUAUAUUU